GACUCCUGGUCGCUCAGUUUUCAGGGGACCCUUCGUGUGGCCAAGUUGCAGUUCCAAGUCCAGGAGAUCAUGGAGAGCCAGGGCUAUCUUAUACUCUAUGCUGGAGAUAAACCAUGUGAAUAUAAUUUAUAUGAAAAAUGCCUCAGGAGUUCUACACACAUCACCAGACAUAACAGAGUUCAUACUGAAGAGGAACAGUUCAACUAUAAGGAAUGGGGGAAGUGCUGCUGUGAAUGGUCACCCUUCACAAACCACCAUAAAAUCCAUUGGGGAGAGAAAGCAUGGAAUUGGAACAAAAGUGACAAGGCCUUUAUAGAGUUUUCUCUUCAUAGCACCUGCCACCAAAUCCAUCCUUUGAUGACCCCCAACCACAAUGGUAAUUGUAAAAUAUAUUUCAGGUGCACCUCAAAUUUCAUUACACAUGGAAUAACUCAUAUUGUAUGGAAGUCCUACACAUGUGAAGGAUGUGAAAAAUGUCUCCAUAACUACUCACACUUUAGGAGACACCAUAAAAUCAAGACAGGAAAGAAACCUAAGAGAAGGAAAGAAUGUGGCAAGUCCUUUACCUGUUACUCAACCCUUCAAGCUCAGCCCAGCAUUCCUACUGGUGACAAACUUUACACAUUAGAAGAAUGUGGCAACUCCUUUUUGCAGAUCUCAAGUCUUCAAGUUCAGCAGAGAAUGCACACUCCAGACCAACCUUCCAGAUAUAAAGAAUGUGGAAAUUUCUUUACCUAUCACACAUCUCUUCCUGUUCACUACAGAAUACAUACUGAUGAAAAACUUUACGGUUGUAAGGAAUGUGGCAAAUCUUUUACACAACUCUCAAAUCUUCAAAGUCACCACAGAGUUCAUACUGGUGACAAACCUUAUAGUUGUGAAGAAUGUGGCAAGUGCUUUACCCGUCGUUCACAUCUUCAAGUUCACUACAGAAUCCAUACUGGUGAUAAACCUUACAGUUGUAAAGAAUGUGGCAAAUCUUUUACGUGCCUCUCAAAUCUUCAUCGUCACCACAGAAUCCAUACUGGUGACAAACCUUACAGAUGUGAAGAAUGUGGCAAGUGCUUUACCCAUCAUUCAAAUCUUCAUCGUCACCACAGAAUCCAUACUGGUGAAAAACCUUACAGAUGUGCAGAGUGUGGCAAGUGCUUUACCCGUCAUUCACAUCUUCAAUGUCACCUCAGAAUCCAUACUGGUGAAAAACCAUACAUAUGUGAAGAGUGUGGCAAGUCCUUUGCUAGACACUCAAGCCUUCACACUCAUCACAGAAUCCAUUCUCAUGACAAAUCUUAGAAAUUCCAAGAAUGUCAGAAAUCAUUCACCAGAUGGUCAAGUAUUAUACACAAUCAGAAAUUCCAUAUAAUGGACCAGUUUUGUUAAUGUUAUUAGAAUAUCUCAGUAAUUCGCUGUAUGAGUUAUCAGACACAAACAAGUGUCUUACCCAUUUUGAAAAUAUUCAGUAUAAAUCUUCAUAUAUUAUUCAGUACUCUGGAGUCCUCUAUAGGAAGCUCUACAUCUUUUACAAAGUUAGAAUCAUUCUAUACAGAUAGAGAUUUUGUAGUCAUAAAAUGUUUAUUGGAAAAUGAGCUAUUUAUGAUAUGGUGAUGCAGAGAUAUUUAUUCUCACUAGAAAUGACUUAAGCACUAGCUUUUUCUGACCUGAUAUCCGGAUCUUAUUUUAAAGAACCAUGCAAACUCAUAAGGAUUCCAGAUUUUAAUUUAGUGAAAUGUGAUGCUGCUGUUAAUGUAAUAUGAUGUUUAUACAAUAUUAAAUAUAUACAUUAAAGCUCUGAUAGUAUUUGAGGUUACACAUAUAUAUUGCCUCUUUUUUUAACUUCAAAUAUAUUCCCUCUCUUUCUUGACAAUAAAAAUAGUAAAAUCUUUA